AUGGCUGCUGUUGCGCUUGUGGGCAAGGCGGCAGAGGGCGACUGCUGCACCACCUACGAUGCAGUACCAAUGCUUUGGCCGUACCAGUUCCCAGAGUGCGGCAAGUCUCACUGUCCUUCUUGCUGGCGUGCGGAUGGCGACUUGGCCUCCUCAGACGUCAGCGGCUACGCCGCCCUGGGCUUCGCGGCUUCGCUGGCCGUGAGCAGCCCGAAGGUGUUACUUCCUGAAGCUCCGGACCGGCGCCUCCAGGACAUCACCAG